UAAUUGCAUAAACCAUAUGUCACUUUCCAUGUUUUUUUCCAUGUGACUGUUGUAACGUUUGUGUCUGCAGAAAAGAUAUCACCACGACCAGACAUGUUGCUCUUGGUGGUUCUGUUGGGAAUUUUUGCAGCGGCAACGGCAUUGGACUGCACCGGUCAGCCAGAUGGGAUCUACGAGUACACCUGCUUCUCAUACACGCGCUGCAUACAAGGAGUGGCAGUAGAGAUCAGAUGCAACAGCACUGACAUCUUUGAUCCCAACCAGCAAAGAUGUGUGACUCCUACCGGAGGGUACUGGCCAUGCACAAAUGUGGUAAACUGCCAGAACCUGGCCGACAACAGAUACCCCGACUACAAUGAGGGCUGCCAAUCCUAUUACACUUGUCAUAACGGCUUAUUCUUGGGAAACAGCUUCUGUCCCGAUGGUCUUGUGUUCGACUUUGAAAAACAAUUGUGCAACUGGCCCUACAACGUCCCGCCUCCAUGUGGCACAGCCUGAACUGAGACAGAAAUUGUAAUCCUUUGACAGAAAUAAAACCAGCUCGAAAGCAUAA